GUGACGUGCAGAUAGAAAGCGGGACCUGCCCUCUCGCCGCCAUUUUUCGCUCUCUACUCGUACUUAUGGUUGCUCGGGAGAGGGGGCACGAGCAGAUAUAAGGGAAAGUCGAAAAUUUGUAGAACCCUUAAGCCGAGGUCCCUCGUGAGCAGUCGGGAAUGCACGCGAGCGCUCCAUUUUAUUGUUGUUCCUGGGAUGCACGCGCAGCAGCAGACAAACCGCUGCUGUGAAAUAAUUUUUUGUCUGAAGACGUGUUGCGGGCCGCCAUUUUUUGCUGUGUUGCCUCAAAAGUCUGCUCUGACUUAAGAAAGAGGAUCCACAAACGCAUUUCCAUGACGCUUGCCUUAUCAUAAGAGCAAGCAGAUAAAAAGUAUUUGUUUUGUUUCCGACUUGCGGCUACUGGAGACCAUUGCAGUCCCGAGGAUUUAUCAGAUGAAAAACUGAGGCCACAUUUUCCGUUCUCAUAAUUGACACUCGAGAAAAUACAUUAUUAGAAGAGAAGCCCGGUGUCUUCUCGGAAGGCGCAACGAAAAGAGGAAGCUUCAUUGAUCAUUUGUUGCUUCGGCCUCCGUCGAUGUUUGGCGUAAGUUUUUCUAUUUUGGCCGCUCAGACAGCCCCUCAGCCAUUGACUGCUUAACACAGGAACCACAUUAUGCUCCAAAGUUGGAUGCAGCCGGUCGCAGCCUGCCUCUGAAAACGUCAGGUUGUGUUUGGUGUGUGUAUGUUGUUUUAAUAAGAGCUCCCCGGAGCCUCCAGCGUUUGUGCAGGAAUCACUGGAAAUCCUCACGGCGACGAAUUCCCAGCCCUGCAUCUAGAAAACCAUUCAGUUUGCAUACACGUUUUAACUUAUUUAGUUUUUUUUUCAUAGCCGUAGACUGAUAUUAACUUAUUUGUGAACAGAAAUGUCAACUGCCCGGUUUGAUUCGUCUGAUCGGUCCUCUUGGUAUUUUGGACCUGUGUCACGACAAGAAGCACAGAACAGAUUACAAGGACAGAGACAUGGCAUAUUUCUUGUUCGAGAUUCGUCCACCUGUCCCGGAGAUUACGUGCUGUCAGUGUCUGAAAACUCCAAAGUGUCUCACUAUAUCAUCAACUCUUUGCCCAGCAAGAAGUUUAAGAUAGGAGAUCAAGAAUUUGAGCACCUCACUGCUCUCCUGGAUUUCUACAAAAUCCACUACCUGGAUACAACCACACUGAUAGAGCCAGCACCCAGGUAUCCAAGCACAGUAAGUGGUUCCAUCCAGCCCAUGGGCGGCCCAGAGGAGAACCUGGAGUAUGUGCGGACACUAUAUGACUUCACUGGCAGUGAUGCAGAGGACCUUCCCUUCAAGAAGGGGGAGAUCCUUAUCAUCCUAGAGAAGCCUGAGGAGCAGUGGUGGAGUGCCAAGAGUAAAGAGGGACGUGUUGGGAUGAUUCCUGUGCCCUACGUGGAGAAACUGGUCCGACCUUCACCCCACCCUGGCCAGCCAUCCCACGGAUCUCGAAACUCCAACAGCUAUGGAAUCCCUGAACCCUCCCACUCCCUCGUCCAUGCCUAUGCCCAGCCCCAAACACCGACCCCCUUGCCCUCUGGCACACCUGGAGCAGUUAUCACUCCUCUACCAUCCAUGCAGAAUGGCCCCGUCAUGGCAAAAGCCAUCCAGAAACGAGUGCCGUGUGCCUAUGACAAAACAGCUCUUGCGCUAGAGGUUGGUGACAUGGUCAAGGUUACACGGAUGAACAUCAGUGGUCAGUGGGAAGGAGAGGUGAAUGGACGGAGGGGUCUCUUCCCAUUCACCCAUGUUAAAAUCAUUGACCCCCAGAAUCCGGAUGAGAGUGACUGACCUAAGAGUCCAACUGGAGCCUCUCACUGGUAUCAACCUAUACACGAAUCUGCUGGCUGUGUCCACCUUUCCUGCCAGUGUCACUACGGUUACGUGCUUGCCUGCUUGGGGCUGUUUCAUGUUAAUGACCUUUGUUGUUGCCAACCAUUGCAAGGCUUUCUGACUGUUUACACCUUUGGAUAUCAGAUCCCAACUAAAGCCUGAUCCCCCUUCUCCCACUUUUACCACACAUUUGUUCCAGACUGGCCAGUGUUUUUACAUUAGAGUCCUUUUCAUUUCCAGAUCACUGGGCAUCAGUGUGUGUGUGCGUGUGUGUGUGUGUGUGUGUAUGCGUGUGUUCACAAUAGAUAAUUGCCACAUUACAUCAGAAAAAAAUUUUGUUGGUUUUUCUUUUUUUCAGGUUUAUUUGAAUAUUUGCUAUGUUUGAAGUCUUGGGGACUUUAGAACAUGUUGGUGUGUGUUUUGUUUUGUUGUGAGGAUGUUUGUACUGAGCAGGGAAUUGCAAGAUCCCUAUGGACUAGGGAGAGCACUGAGGCAAUGAGGAGCUAACCACCAGCCUGUCAAAUGUUAUUUCUCCAAACAAUCAAGUCAACUUAAUCAUCACACAAGCACACACAUGUACACACCAUUUACUGGCCAGGAGUUAUUCAGGGUGAUAGACUUUUGAUGUGUGACUGGAAUCAGGAGGAGGCAGUGGGUUUGUGGAGGCUCUUGGUUGACAGAACUUGGUAUCCCUGAAUCUCAUCCACUCUACAACCUGGCACAGAACUUGAUAUCCUACAAUCCCAUCCACUCUACAACCUGGCACAAGCCUGUCUAACUAGACUUAUUUAUCUUUUCUUACUAAAACAUGGCACGGCCAUACAUGAUUUUAUCUUUUUAUUUGUGCCACAUGAUCAACAAUAGUUUUUGUUUUUUGUUAUGUGUAGUAUAGGGGUAACUUUGCAUGUCCACUUGGUACCUCUCUGCACUGUCAUUCACAUUAUUUUGAACUAAAAUGACAACCUGUUUUAAAGAUUAGCAGAUUUGUAGUGCCAACAGCACCAAGCACUAGGUGAUAUCUUUCAGCUUUAUUGCAUAGGAUUGCUAAGCUUUGAACAGGAACAGAAACAAAGUCAAAUCCCUGGCCAGCACUUUUACAAUUAUCUGCCCAGAAGGCUAGCUAAACGCAGUGUCGUCAUGUGUGCACAGGGGCUGAAGGCUUUCCACUGAAGUGAGAAGCUCCACUUUCAGUGACAUACAUCAGGGAAGGAGGACAUUUCUUAGCAGGCCAAUUAAAUCAGAUUAAUGCUUUUCUCAGAUCAUAAGAUACAUUCAUCUUUUAGCACAUGCGAUCGCUUCUAAUGUUGUGAUCUAAUGAUGAUUUAAAAUAACUUAAUUCCCGAACUAUUCGAUCUGUGAACAGCUUUUGUCUCUUAUGCAAAGCGGCUCCCACAGUUGUGGGACGCAUCUUUGUACUGUGCGACAUCCAGUUGUGUUUGAUUAGUAGGGCGCUGUUGUGAUCUUUGUGUUUCUGCUGAACGAACUAUUGAAAAAAUGGACUAUUUCACUUCCUUGUUUCCUUUUCCUGCUGCUCUGUUCAAAUUAUUGCUCAGCCAUUGACUCAGUAAUAUUGUGCAGCUUUUAGUUGUAUCCCUUUUUUCAUCAGUUUGUAGUCAGCUAUUAAAUAAAGCAUUUUGUUAGUGAGUGGUAUAAAACUAAAUUACCUAAGGGGACAUUUAUAAAAGGGAAAAUGCCUGCUGGUUGCCUCUGUGCAUGACCUCUUGGCCAGAGAAAUGAAACCUCCUGGUCAAAUGCUGCUUAAUGUCAUUUAUUUCCUUUUAAAUAAAGGUUUCUCAUUUUAAUCCCUCCUGGUCUGUGCAAAUAAACCAGUGUGGAUUCUCUUCAUGAAAUAUACCAAUUAAGCAAUACAUCCAGAUUAUUUCCUUUCUUGAGAUGAACUUGCAUUUCCCAUGCUUCUUUUGUAAUGGCAUUAACAGUAUUACUGUGCUCUGUCCUCAUUCUAGGAAAGCCUGUCUUUUUCUUAAGAAUCGAAAAUUGUGCCUUUUAUUUUCUUAUACCAUUUACAUGUGUUAAAAUUUCCCAUGGUUAACACCUGUGCUGGUAUUGACCUUUUAUGUACAGAACAAGUAAAUAAAAUUUAACAUCUACUUCUUUAAA